CACAUGAAGCUAGUUCUCUGCUGGUAGACAUGCACUGAUUAAAAACACACACACAAAAAAAACUAUGACUUCGUCUGUUAACGGAAGAGUAUUGGAUGAAGAUAUGGACAAUCAAAUUGUACAGGCUGUGUGUGUAGAGGAUGGGAUAGGGGUGGUGUCGGGGUCGAUCGGGAUGUCAGACUUCUCCGAUGAGAUCUUGUUAAGUAUCCUGCGCUAUGUCUCGACCUCUGACCUCGUGAAUAACGUUUCCCGGACCUGCCGCAAGCUACACACGCUCUGCUAUGACAAGACACUGCUGACCACGGUCACACUGUCUGAAGAAUACACGGCAGAUGACGGCGCUAUUCGCCAGGUGCUGAAGCAUCUAUCCAAUCACGUGCAGUCCCUCAGCCUUAGUGGCUGUUAUUGGCUGUCGGGUUCUACCAUCGACCGCCUGAUUCGCUGUCGCUCCCUGGUGCGUCUGGACCUAUCAGGUUGUCGCGUCACCUCCCUGCGUCUGUCCCGCCUCCUCUCAUCCCUCCCCCUCCUCCGAUCUCUCGCUUUUGACGUAUCGCCUGGCUUCGAUUCCGCCCAGCUGAGUGGGGAGGCCCGUGAUUCGCUGUCUCGGCUGUCGGAGCUGAGACAGACGGUCCUGACGCCCAGUUACGGGGUCGUUCCCUGCUGCUCCAGCCUCUACAGUCUGCAGCUGCAGCUGGACAUACCUGACGUCACCAGGGAGGGUACCAGUAUGUGUUGCCAGUUGAUGAUGGGUCAGAGCAGUGUUCCUCACUACCAACAGCUGGAGGAGUUUACUGCCUGUCUGGCACCUGGAGAGGUGAACCAGACUCUCCUCCUCCUCUACCUCGCUGUGUUCAGUGUUCGUGUUCCGGAGCGUCUCCGCUCCUUCCUGGUUUCAGUUCCUGGUCCGAACCCCGCCCACUGGCCUGCUGCGUCCUCAUUGGCCCAUAGCCUCGUUCAGCAUGGCGACCUGGAAGCCCUGCAGUUGCCUCGCUCCUGGUUGGACGCCACGUCGCUAGGACGGGUCCUUCUUAGCAACGCUCCCAAGCACCUGAACUUCUCCCGUUGCCCCACGUUACGACAAACUGUCAUCCAAUCGCUGACUGGCACUGGAGUGAGUGACUCGACGCGGUUGGUCAGCCUGAAUCUUAGUGGUAUAGGCCACACCUCCAAUUAUCCAGAGUGCAGUAGAGUGCGAGAGGAGGAGCUUGUUGCCGAGGCGAUGAGCCGGAUGGUUAUUUGCUGUCCCAAUCUGUCACACCUCAACCUGUUACACACACACUAUCACCAUGACAACGCACACACACCUGGGCUGGAGGCCAACACACACCUGUGUACCAGCCUGUCCAAACUCACACACCUCCGGUCUCUGGCGCUGCCCGCGUGCGCCCUGUCGGACGGUUCACACACACCGUCCCCUUCCCCCUCCCCCUCCUCUCUGCUGUUGGGACUGAGGAAGCCGUCCCGCGUGGGGCUCCAGACCUACAGGCCAGGCUCCGGGGACUCUCUCCCCAGGGAGGGCACCUCUGGGCUGGGUACCCUGCUGGCCGGUUGCCCCUGUUUGGAGGUUCUGGAGAUAACAGGACCGGGCUUCAUCUCCGCCCUGCCUCGUCUUGAGCCCUGUGCCAGGGUGUGUGUGGAUCAGAGGACGUGUGUGAACGCUGGCGGGGUGGGAGACACGCACGUUGCAGCUCUCCGGGGGCUGCGGGGGCUGCGGAGGCUGACGCUGGCGGGACUGCCGGGGGUCCUGAAGGGGACUGGGCUGGUGCAGGUGGCUGAGCACUGCCGGGACCUACAGGCAUUAUCUCUGGCCAACCUGGGGUCCUUAAAGACCUGGAACUACAGCGCCGCCCUGCUGGACACACUGAGGAACUGCACCCAGCUCACACAGCUACGGUUGGAGCAGCCCUACCUGGUGUGUAACGGUGCAUUCUGGGAGGCGUUGUCAUGCUGUUCUCGACUCCGCCGCCUCUGUCUCAUCUCGCGGAACGGAACCUUCCACCCCGCUGCCGUGGUUACCUUCAUGGAGUGUUGCCGUGACGUCAUGGUGUGUCACAUGUUCUUGGGUGGAACUCUGGUGGCGUGCCGGACGCUACAGAAAACACUGCUAGACCGGUUCUCUGUGGAGCGUCCGGCCCUCUCUGUGGUCAUCUACCCUCUGCUCCAUGAAGACCUUCCAUUGGUCAUCAGAGACAUGCCCCUCCCACUGCUCGAUCAACUGACCCUCUUCCAAAGCCGCGUUGCCCAGGCCCCGCCCUCGUCAAAAUUGGGACACCAGAGAGCAAAGAUGCAACUAGCCAAUCAGAGCCCCUCAUUACCAUGGUGAUGCCAGAGAGUGAAGAAGCAUCUAGCCAAUCACAGCCCCUCAGACUAGAGGUCUUCACGGGUUCAAAAGGUUGGACCUGUUCCAAACUGGACCUGGGGCUGUCCCAUCCGGACCCGAAGUGCAUCAAUUAUUCUGUUUAAUAUAGAGACUGAGGACAACUAGACCCGUUCCAUAUAGACAUGGCUGGAUCCAGACCCGAUCUGAGUGAGAAAAAAAGAAAAGUAGUAUUUUUUUAACUACUUUAUUAAUCGAAGCCGAUGAAGUGUGAGAGGAGGGAGAGAGACGUGCCUCUAGCAGGGAGGGAGAGAGACGUGCCUCUAGCAGGGAGGGAGAGAGAGGUGCCUCUAGCAGGGAGGGAGAGAGACGUGCCUCUAGCAGGGAGGGAGAGAGAGGUGCCUCUAGCAGGGAGGGAGACAG